AUGGUUAGACCACGUAUGAUUUUAACUAAAUUAAAAGAAACAAAAGCUAAAAACUCACAACUUAAUUAAAAUUUACAUGAUUACGAUGAUAAAUUUUAACGUACAUCAGCAAAACUUUUUAUAGUAAUUGGAUUAAUAAUAGCAGGAACAUUUUAUUCAUAAGCUUCAAUACUUAAUUUUUUCCAGACUUAAACAUAACAGCAAAUUGAUGAAAAAAAUUUAUAAAAUAAAUAAAAAUCUAUUGAAGAAGGUUAAUUAUUACUCAAAAAGCAUUUAAAUAAAGAAAAAAAAUGA